AUGGGCUUUGGGCAGAUCCUGCAGCACUCUGCCUCUGAGGGCCUCGUGCGUCUGAACGUGGGAGGGGUCCGUCACCACGUGGACCCCCAGAUGCUGCUGCGCUUCCCCCACACCCGCCUGGGCCGCCUGCUGCUGUGCCGGAGCGAAGCGGCCAUCUUGGAGCUGUGUGACGAUUACAGUCCUUUGGAGAAGGAGUACUACUUCGACCGGAACCCGCGAGUCUUCUUGUGCGUACUGAACUUUUACCACACGGGUCAGAUCCACACACUGGAGGAGCUCUGUGUGUUCUCCUUCAGCCAGGAGAUUGAAUACUGGGGCAUCCAUGAGCUGCACCUCAGCCCCUGCUGCAGCAACUGGUACCAUGAGAGGAAGGAGUAUAUGGAGGAGCGUGACUGGGAUGUCCGCAGUGAUGACCAGGGCCAGCCCAGCUUCGAUUCUUCCAUGGAGGAGCUCUCGGCGCUGGACAAAGACCUGGAGAAGUUCAAGGGCGCCUGGUGUGGGGAGGUGCGGAGCUACGUGUGGCUGCGGCUGGAAGACCCUGCCCACUCCUGCGCCUCCAAGAUCAUCGCCGUGGCCUCCCUCAGUGUUGUGCUCACUUCCAUUGUGGCCAUGUGCGUUCACAGCAUGCCUGAGUUCCAACAGCACGAUGACAACGACAAACUCAUCGAAGAUCCCGUUUUGGCCAUCCUGGAGGAGAUCUGCAUCGCCUGCUUCUCUGCAGAGUUCAUCAUACGCCUGAUCGUCGCUCCAUCUCGACGAAAAUUCCUAGGGAACCCUCUGAACAUCAUCGACGUAGCCUCCAUUUUGCCCUUCUACGCCACGCUUGCCCUGGAAACUGCUGACGAAGACGCGGAGGAAAAUGAGGACAUCGAAAACGUAGGGAAGGUGGUCCAAGUUCUCCGGCUCAUGCGGGUUCUGCGUAUUCUCAAACUGGCACGGCAUUCCAUCGGCCUGCGAGCCCUCGGAGCCACAAUCCGCCACAGCUACCACGAGGUGGGCCUGCUCCUUCUCUUCCUCUCUGUGGGCAUCUCCAUCUUCUCCGCGCUCAUUUACUUUGCUGAAAAAGAGGACCAGAAUGCAGACUUGGGGACCAUUCCUUCGGGCUGGUGGUGGGCUACAAUCACCAUGACGACUGUAGGCUACGGCGACACAUGUCCGGUGACACUGCCUGGGAAAAUAGUAGCGACUUUGUGCAUCAUUUGUGGGUUGCUGGUUGUAGCUUUACCCAUCACCAUUAUAUUCAACAAGUUUUCAAAGUAUUAUCAGAGGAACAAAGCCAUGGAGGGACAAUGUAUCGAGAAGCCAGAGAGGAAGGAUCCAGAACUUCCAUAUUAUAACAUCCGGGACCUUUUCACGGAUAACUUGUACCCGUUCCUGGGGGGACUGGCCUACAGGGGCAGUGUGAGCUCCAGAGGGGAGGACACUGACGCCUCUAGCCUUCAGGACAUGGAGGUAUACGAGAAUGACGUCUGUGAGAAGGGACCCAAGUCAACAUGA